AUGUCAACGUCUGCGAAAGCUUCGUUUACAGCCCAGUUAGAGAAAGCAGAACUUCAUUCAGUAACGAGCUGGCAUCGUGAGCUAGAAAUCGCAAAAGCAUUGAAGAUAGCCCACGAUGAUGAGAAUAAACACGACGAGGCAAUUGGGUUGGGAAAACUUGGCGACGUUUACAACGCUCGUGCAUUACUCGAAGAUGAUUCAGACACACCGUUUGCUCGCUUGGACCAGUUCAUUCUUGCCACUGCUCUUUACAAUUCCAGCUUGAUUCGCAGCAACGAUUCCACGAAGAAAAACGAGUUAGAAACAAAGCUACGUCGAAUUGAGGAAGACAUAAUUUCCCACUGUGGUCAGGCUAUAAACACGAGCGAAUUUCAACACGAUAUCGAUAAAAACCACAAGAGCAAAUUGUAUGAAUUCAGACAGCAAUGUAGCGGGAAAUUGAAGUCUGUUCAGAGUGAUUAUAGCGUGUUUACUUCUCCACUACACGACACAGAUGCCGUGAGCGAAGCCAGGCGAGCAAAAGCAAUACGAGAGAUUUUUAGUGAAAUCCGAGAGUUUAUGAAAGACGCCGUUGCCCUAUUGUUGGACGAAUGCAUACAAGUAUUCGGACAGCCUCCUCAGGACGUUAACUACGCUUUUAUCGGUUUUGGAUCGUUUGCGAGAGGAGAAGCAACACCGUUUAGUGAUUUGGAAUCAGCCUUAUUGAUCGAAGACGGCAAGAAUGACGCGUCUGUCAAAGAGUACUUUAUGAAAUUAAUGGAAUAUUUCAAUUAUAAGGUGUUGAAUUUACAAGAAACAAUUUUGCCUUCGAUGUGUAUUCCUUCCUUGAACGAUGCAAAUAAUUUAAUACAUUCUCUGCAAAGGUACAAGUGUUCAAGCAGUUCAUGCACAAGUCAGGAAUGUUGUGAUGACGCAACAGAAUGGCCAUUUCUUGGUAAAGGAUUUUACGAUGACGAAAUGUGUGGUUUUUCUGUGGACGGUCGAAUGAGCAAGGCUUGCAAAACUCCUCUGGGUCAUCUGGUACUAGGAAGGGGACAAAAUAAAGAUCUUAUAAAAACGCCAACAGAACUAGCCGAACUUUAUGUUUCUGCGUUGAAAUUUGAUGGUUCUCCAGUAGAGAAUAAUGAUGAUUUAUCCACAGUUCUGAGUAAUGUUUCCUUUCUGUAUGGCAACGAUCCAGAACUAGUCGACACCUACGAUGCCCUUGUUCUUUCUAUGACAGAGAUCUCUGAAGAUGCUUCAAAUUUUAACGUUCGUCAGUCAUCAGCCAUUGUCUGUCUUCAAAAUGCUCUCGACCAAUUCCAGUUCUCGUUAACGUCGCGAGAUAUCGGACUGAUUUCGUCGAUCAAGAAGAAACUAUACCGUGCUGUUGGGAUGCUAAUAACUAACAUUGGUAAAUUUUAUGAUUCUAGUGUGAUCGACAAUUCUCCGUGGAGCGUCGUAGAUCGCCUGCUUGAAGAUGAUAUGAUUUCCGGCGAUGCUCACCGCAAUUUGUCUGUCGUUGUUAGCAUUGUGAACGAAGUUCGGUUAAUGGCUUACCUGCGAUGUGGUCGACAAGACGAGAUCUUUUCCUUCUUCGAUCAAUCUAUUGACAUUAAUUUGGAACUGGUUAGAGACUUGUGUAUUCGAUUCUUCUAUACAGUAUUUCCAUUUCAGAAACGUGUGAAAAAAAUUCUGCUCAAGCUUCAAGCACACGAGAGCGCUACUAUUCAGUUCGUGUCAAGUGAAACGUUUUACGAGUACUCCCACUUCAAUUCCGCUGUUGCUCUUUCGUUCACUUCGUACCGAUUCUUCAACGUUAUGAUCGACAAAUUUACACAAGCUUAUGAAAGUGCUAAUGAUGAAGAUUUGAAGCGACUGUGCCUGGCGUAUUUGUCCUGCCUCCACCCUGAUUACACCUCGAAAUAUUGCGAGAAAAUUUUGACGUCCAUGGGAGAUGGUAACAACAGCGAGUGGGGAAUCUUUACAUAUUUGAUCGCUGCCAUGGCAUCUUUCCAUUAA